CUCCGGUCAAUUUCCAGUCUUUAUAGCCUCGAUUCAACAACUGUCUUUAUCCACACCCGCCUGUGGUCAUCGAGUAACCCAGGGGUCUCCAAAUUCGAAAUACCCUCGACCGUUGCCACUUUCGAAAGGUCACUCACUUUCAAAAUGAUACCACUAGCAGCAGUAAUAGUUCUUGGCAUCGUUGUCGCAGUGUCGGGGAUAACAUUCGUCAUUGCAAUGUUCAACGAAGCCAAAAGACUAAAGAACAUGGACGCCGACAUGAUCCUGCCUGUAACAGAAAGCGCUGCAGAGCCCGCAGCGGCGCCAGUGCGCCCAAUGCGGCAGGAUCCCCUCGCCCGCUCUGGAACUCCCGAGGCCGAAUACCCGCCUUCACUACCUGACGACGAUCUCGAGAGCCUUGCCGAAGCCGAGACCCCGCCACCACUUCCAACUCCCGUCAGAGAUAGCACAAACGAGAUUAUUCACUUAUACACCAAUGAAGCCCGCACGAUACUCUCCGGCGCAAGGACAGCUCCCGCUACGAUGACUGCUUUCGCCCAGGCGGACUCCAAGUGGGGAUAUAUCGGAUUGAAGCGUGCGCAGAGUAAUCUCUAUGAAGGGGCAUGAACAUGUUCAAUUUUGCAACAAUUGUCGUACAAGUAUGGAGAACAGGCAUUGUCUAUCCCACAAAAUGCUGACAGACG